UCUCUCUAAAACAUUCACAACUUCCUCUCUCCACCUCUUUCCUUCUCAAAUGAAAUAAGAUCAUGUAUUGAUUUUUUUAAUUUUAUUUAUUCAUAUUCAUUUGUUUUUUCGGAAACAAAGAAAUGGAUGAUGAGUUUGCCAAGCUCAUCCGAAGGAUCAAUCCUCCCAGGGUUGUGAUUGACAAUGAAUCCUGUGCUGAUGCCACUAUAAUAAAGGUUGACAGUGUCAAAAAGCAUGGAACUCUUCUUCAUGUUGUUCAGAUUCUAACAGACAUGAAUCUGGUUAUUGUAAAAGGCUAUAUCUCUUCUGAUGCUGGAUGGUUCAUGGAUGUGUUCAAUGUGGUUGAUUGCAACCGAAAGAAGAUUAUGGAUCAAGAGGUCAUCAGUGACAUCCAAACGAAACUCGAAAGCGAUGAUGACUCGGCACCUACUGUGACAGGGAUGGUUGGAAUGGUGCCGUAUGAAGAGUACACCUGCAUUGAACUGACGGGGGCAGACAGGACAGGAUUGUUAUCCGAGGUAUGUGCGAUCCUCGCUGAUCUCCACUGUUGGGUGGUAAGUGCUGAGUUGUGGACGCACAAGGCACGAGCCGCAGCAGUGGUUCACAUAACUGAUUAUUCCACUGGAUGUGCAAUUGGGGAUACUAAACGCCUUUCAACUAUAAAGGAGCGUCUGUGCAAUGUUCUUAGAUCAAACUAUGAUACGAACACUGCAAAAUUGACUGUAUCUCCCCCUGGAGUCGCUCACCGUGAGAGAAGGUUGCACCAGAUGUUGGCUGAUCAGGAUUUCGAAAAGAGUGAAGGCUCAAAAGCGAGAGUAGUUCAGGACAAGAGUUCAAGUCCUUUAGUAACAGUCUCGGAUCGGACUGAAAAGGGUUAUACAGUCAUAACUGUGAGGUCAGACGAUCGACCUAAGCUGUUAUUUGAUACCAUAUGCACUCUGACGGAUAUGCAAUACGUUGUUUUUCAUGGAGUAGUCCGUGGAGGGACAGAUGAAGCAUAUCAGGUAACGGGCGUAGUAUUCUCAUGCUAUCCAAAACUGCAGGAAUACUACGUGCGUUGUGUUGAUGGUGUUCCCGUACAAUCAGAAGCUGAACGAGAACGUAUUGCACAACGUCUAGAAACAGCCAUUGAAAGGAGAAGCUCCGAGGGAUUGGAGUUGGAAUUAUGUGCAGAGGACAGAAUUGGACUUCUUCCUAACAUCACAAGGAUACUUAGAGAAAACAACCUCUAUAUCAAAAGAGCAGAAAUUUCUAGCAAGGGCGGGAAGGCCAGGCAUAUUUUCUGCGUCACGGAUGUGACGGGAGACGAAGUUGAUCCUACAAUAGUCGACUCCAUCCGCCAACAGAUCGGACAAGACGUCUUGCACGUCAAAUGGAACACAAACUGCUCGGACAAACAACAACAGGGGAGCAACAUCGCCCUCAUUUUGGGUAACUUGUUCAGGAAUCGAUCUUUUUCCAGUUUCUUGAUCGGAUAGUACUCUCGACUCCCGUGCAUUACCAAUAGUCUUUGUAAGCAUACUACGAGAACCGGGCCAUUCCCAUUGAAGUAGAAUGCGCGUUGUAGCUCUAGAUGAGAAUGAGACAGUAGGGUGUAACGAAAAUGCCCCGUGCUCGGGUUAUGUUUAGCGGGGUCUUUCCUUGCGCAAUGUAAAUAUACUGUACACUAUGUUCAUACAGGAUAGUUCUAAUGUGGAAAGUUAUGUAAAUUAGUUGUAAUAUACAUGUAAAAUAUAUGUAGUGUUAAUAAAUUCUAGCUAGAUAAA